AUGUGUUUAGCAAUGGUUGAUGAUGUACGAUUAAAUCUAAAUGCAAACGAUUUACAUCAUCAUUUAACACAUGAAGAUAUGCUAUUAACUGUGAAUCGUGGGUUUUUACCAACAAAUCAUCAUCAAACAUCCGGAGGUGGAUUAUUAGUUGGACGUUCAGAAUCACCGUUAGAUUUACGUGGUGGAAUUAUUGAUAUUAAUAAUCAUACAUCAAAUCAAUCAACAAAUCAACAUGAUAUGUAUAAUAAUAAUUCACCGUCACCUCCACCUUAUUCACCAAAUUCAUCAGAUACACCAACACCCACGAAAUCAUCAAAAUCAUCAAAUGGUAACAAUCAUCAGUUAAUUAAACCUCCUUAUUCAUAUAUUGCACUAAUCACAAUGGCAAUAUUACAAUCACCGCAUAAAAAAUUAACCCUAAGUGGAAUUUGUGAAUUUAUUAUGACCCGAUUCCCAUAUUAUCGUGAAAAAUUCCCGGCAUGGCAAAAUUCAAUACGGCAUAAUUUAUCAUUAAAUGAUUGUUUUAUAAAAAUACCACGAGAACCAGGGAAUCCAGGUAAGGGAAAUUAUUGGACAUUGGAUCCAUUAGCUGAGGAUAUGUUUGAUAAUGGGUCAUUUUUACGCCGGCGAAAACGUUAUAAACGUCCAUCACCGAAUAUGAUGUUACGUGAUCAUCAUGCUUCAGCCAUGGUAGCAUCGUUUUUAAGUCAAGAAAGUUAUCAACAUGGAUUUUUCCCCCAUCCAAGUUUACAACAUUUACCAUCUGCAUAUUCUGCUUAUUUACCAGCAAAUAUUCCGUUAAUACCACCCAUGGAUUUAUCACGAUUAGGCCUAGGAAUUUUACCACAAUCAUCAUCAGCGGCGUCGCAGGCUGCGUCAAUAUGUAAACCGGUUCCAGUAUCAGCACAAACAUCUCAACAAUCUUUGAGUGCUGACACUGAACAAUUAUUAAAUUCAGGUGUAAGUGGUCGAAAAAAAAUGAAAACUGGUUUUUCAAUUGAAUCAAUCAUUGGUGAAAAUGUUUUGCCACAAAAACCAUUACAAUUAGUUAAAAUAAAAGUUGAUACAACACCGUCUUCAGUCAACGAUGAGAAUACAUCAUCAUCCACGACGGGAAAUCUUAAUUCGGCGGGUAAAAUUGGUGGUAUACAUAAUCCAAGUUCAGCAUUUUCACCAUUAUCCGGUUCAGAUGAAUGGACAAGAUGA